GCCCAGGGCAAAGAGAGGUUGGCCAGGCUGACUUGGACCCGGUCGCACACCAAUGAGCAACAGCACGCGGCCGAGUUCGGACCCCACUCCGGCUGGAGAAGGGCUAUCAACGAGGCCGCUGACACCGCUUGUGGGGAGGCGGUGAAGGAGGCCCUGUCGGCACUACCCCCGUGGGACCCAGGGGAGGCAGACGACCUCACCAGGGAGGUCUCCCAGCACCUCCAGCGCAAGGCUGAGGUUCUCCUCACCUCCUCUGAGCGCCCACCUUGGGAGGAAGGGGAGGAG